GUAUGAAUUAGGGCGCUGAUAAGUCUUGAGGGGAAAAUGGGGCGCACUCGGACGUGAGAACAGGGAUUAAAUGACGAGAGUCGCAUUUAGGGAGAGCUUUCCCCCUUGCCACAAAUGGUACCUCCCGCUCCAGGCCCGGGGACCCCAAGUUCCGCGCUCAGCCCAUCGCUACGCAAGCCGGGGCUCCUCGGCAGCGGCAGCGAAGUCAGCUCUGGCUCCCGCUCCAGCACCGGCUCCAGCUCUAGGGGAAGGCUAGGCCUCGGCGGCUCCGGGCCGGAGGAGGGGAUGUCCAGCUCGCCGCUGUCCAAGAAGCGUCGCGUGUCCGGGCCUGAUCCAAAACCAGGUUCUAACUGCUCUCCUGCCCACCCUGUUCCCUCUGAAGUGCCCACUGCACCUACCAACGGAAUGGCCAAGAACGGGAGCGAGGCGGACAUCGACGAGGGCCUGUACUCCAGGCAGCUGUAUGUACUGGGCCAUGAAGCCAUGAAGCGACUUCAGACUUCCAGUGUCCUAGUGUCUGGGCUUCGAGGCCUAGGAGUUGAGAUUGCCAAGAACAUCAUCCUUGGUGGAGUCAAAGCUGUUACCCUACAUGACCAGGGCACUGCUCAGUGGGCUGAUCUCUCUUCCCAGUUCUAUCUUCGAGAAGAAGAUGUGGGCAAGAACCGGGCAGAGGUUUCACAACCACGUCUGGCUGAGCUCAAUGCCUAUGUUCCAGUCUGUUCCUACACAGGGCCUCUCACUGAGGACUUCCUUAGCAACUUCCAGGUGGUUGUCCUCACGAACUCCCCCCUGGAGGAGCAGCUGCGUGUAGGCGAGUUCUGUCACGGUCAUGGUAUCAAACUUGUGGUGGCUGACACCCGGGGCCUCUUUGGGCAGCUGUUCUGUGAUUUUGGUGAUGAUAUGGUCCUGACGGAUGCAAAUGGGGAACAGCCACUUAGCGCUAUGGUCUCCAUGGUGACCAAGGAUAGCCCUGGUGUGGUGACCUGCCUGGAUGAGGCACGGCAUGGAUUUGAGAGUGGCGACUUUGUCACCUUCACUGAGGUGCAAGGCAUGAGUGAGCUCAAUGGCAUCUCGCCUGUGGAGAUCAGAGUCCUAGGUCCAUACACCUUCAGCAUCUGUGACACGGCCAGAUUCUCUGACUACGUCCGCGGUGGGAUCGUGACCCAGGUCAAAGUGCCCAAGAAGAUCAGCUUUAAAUCACUCCCUGAAUCCCUGGCUGAGCCAGAAUUUGUGAUGACAGAUUUUGCCAAGUUUUCUCGCCCUGCCCAUCUCCAUGUGGCUUUUCAGGCCCUACACCAGUUUUCCAGCCAGCGAGGGCGGCUGCCCCACCCUCAGAAUCAGCCGGAUGCAGCAGACAUGGCGAGCCUGGCACAGGCAAUCAAGGAAGCUGCCUCUCCCCGGCUGCUGCAGGAGGACUUGGAUGAGGAACUGGUACGGCAGUUGGCCUACAUGGCAGCCGGAGACUUGGCCCCCAUAAAUGCUUUCAUUGGAGGCCUGGCUGCACAGGAAGUUAUGAAGGCCUGCUCGGGAAAAUUCAUGCCCAUCAUGCAGUGGCUGUACUUUGAUGCUCUGGAAUGCCUGCCUGAAGACAGAGAGGCACUGACGGAGGAGGCUUGCCGCCCGCGCCAGACCCGCUAUGAUGGGCAGGUGGCUGUGUUUGGCUCUCAGCUCCAGGAGAAGCUGGGCAAGCAGAGAUAUUUUCUGGUUGGGGCAGGAGCCAUUGGCUGUGAGCUGCUUAAGAACUUUGCCAUGAUUGGCCUGGGCUGCGGGGAUGGCGGAGAGGUCAUUGUCACAGACAUGGACACUAUUGAGAAAUCCAACCUCAAUCGGCAGUUCCUUUUCCGGCCCUGGGAUGUCACGAAGCUCAAGUCUGACACGGCAGCGGCUGCUGUUCGUCAGAUGAAUCCACAGAUGCAUGUGACAAGUCACCAGAACCGCGUGGGGCCCGACACUGAGCGGAUUUAUGAUGAUGACUUCUUCCAGGCCCUGGACGGCGUGACCAACGCCUUGGACAAUGUUGACGCACGCAUGUAUAUGGACCGUCGAUGUGUGUACUACCGGAAGCCGCUGCUGGAGUCGGGCACCCUGGGGACCAAGGGCAAUGUCCAGGUGGUCAUCCCUUUCCUCACUGAGUCCUACAGCUCCAGCCAAGACCCCCCGGAAAAAUCCAUCCCCAUCUGUACUCUCAAGAACUUUCCCAAUGCAAUUGAGCACACACUACAGUGGGCCCGGGAUGAGUUUGAAGGUCUCUUCAAGCAGCCGGCAGAGAGUGUCAAUCAGUACCUCACAGACCCGAAGUUUGUGGAGCGAACACUGCGAUUGGCAGGAACGCAGCCCUUGGAAGUACUGGAGGCUGUACAGCGGAGCUUGGUGCUCCAGCGCCCCCGUACCUGGGCCGACUGUGUGGCAUGGGCCUGCCUUCACUGGCAUGCCCAGUAUGCCAACAACAUCCGUCAGCUCUUGCACAAUUUCCCUCCUGAGCAGCUGACAAGCUCUGGUGCCCCCUUUUGGUCUGGACCCAAGCGCUGUCCUCAUCCUCUCACCUUUGAUGUCCACAACCCUUUGCAUCUGGAUUAUAUCAUGGCGGCUGCCAACCUGUUUGCGCAGACCUAUGGGCUGGUGGGCUCUCGGGACAGGACAGCUGUGGCUGCACUUCUCCAGACUGUGCAAGUCCCAGAAUUCACCCCCAAGUCUGGUGUCAAGAUCCACGUCUCUGACCAGGAGCUGCAGAGUGCCAACACUUCUGUUGAUGACAGCCGGCUAGAGGAACUGAAGGCAACGCUCCCCAGCCCAGACAAGUUAGCUGGAUUCAAGAUGUACCCCAUUGAUUUUGAGAAGGAUGACGACAAGAACUUCCACAUGGAUUUCAUCGUGGCAGCCUCCAACCUGCGGGCCGAGAACUACGACAUCCCCCCUGCGGACAGGCACAAGAGCAAGCUGAUCGCAGGGAAGAUCAUCCCGGCCAUUGCCACGACCACCGCGGCUGUGGUGGGGCUCGUGUGCCUGGAGCUGUACAAGGUCGUGCAGGGCCACCAGCGGCUUGAGGCCUACAAGAAUGGCUUCCUCAACCUGGCCUUGCCCUUCUUUGGUUUCUCGGAACCCAUUGCAGCACCUCGUCACAAGUACUAUGACCAUGAGUGGACACUUUGGGAUCGCUUUGAGGUCAAGGGGCUCCAACCUGGGGGCGAGGAGAUGACUCUCAAGCAGUUUCUGGACUACUUCAAGACAGAGCACAAGCUGGAGAUCACAAUGCUAUCCCAGGGUGUGUCCAUGCUGUACUCUUUCUUCAUGCCAGCUGCUAAGCUCAAGGAACGGCUGGACCAGCCUAUGACGGAGAUUGUGAGCCGGGUGUCCAAGCGGAAGCUGGGCCGCCACGUGCAAGCGCUGGUAUUGGAACUCUGCUGCAAUGACGACAGUGGCGAGGAUGUGGAGGUGCCAUAUGUGCGCUACACGAUCCGCUGACCUGGCGGCAGGCGGAAGCCUUCGCCUUCCCCUUCUUCUCCUGCCCUCUCCCGUGCCCACCCCCUCAGGGGGGCUGGGUUCCCCCCUCAUCCCCCCCCCCUUUGCCUAGGGCACUGGAGGGCAUGACUUUGUAUUGAACCCGUAAUAAAGUUAUUGACGGAACCAAA